CCAUCUGACUCUACUCAGAAACUGAAGUUGUGAAUAAAAAAGUUAAAAUGGACUAUUCAUAUUUAGGACAGAAUUCGUACGAGUCGUGCUUGCCCGUUGACACCAGCGGGCUGGGUAUGUCGUAUGGCGACUACGGGUCGUGUAAUCAAGUUAACCAAUCCACUGGUUAUCCGUACGGUAGUAUUAGAUCGUCCGUAAACUACGCUAGCGGCACCGCUAGUAUGACGGGAACCUGCAGCAUAGCCGGUGUGAUGGACCACCAACCCGUGACACAAUGUUCGCCGUACAGCACAGGUGUUCCGUAUAUGCACCGCGUAUUACACGAUAGUACGGGCACAAUUGGCAGCGGAGGACCUGGCGAAAAGAGAAAACAGCGACGAAUUAGAACAACAUUUACGAGUGCGCAGUUGAAAGAGUUGGAGAGAGCUUUUCAAGAGACCCAUUAUCCAGAUAUAUAUAAAAGAGAAGAAUUGGCCCUGAAGACCGACUUGACAGAGGCCAGAGUACAGGUUUGGUUUCAAAACAGAAGAGCUAAAUUCAGGAAAGGUGAUAAAGCUACCCAAGCCAAACCAAAAAAGAAAGCUAUCAAAUCUAACAACGUGGUCAACAGCGAAGAGAAAACGACGCCACCGGAAAGCACAGACACGACAAAGACAACGACGUCAAUAUCUGCUUCGUCCUGGUCAUCUGCAACGCCAUCAUCUGUAACAGCUUUAAACACAGCAAACUCUUCCCAACAGCUGCAGAAAGGUCCUUUUGCCAGCGUUUUGUCGUCGUUGCCACACUGCACCACCUCACACGUCAAGAAUACGUCAUCGACAUUGUUCCCUAUUAAUUAUUGAAUAAUAUACUCGUAGUACUCCAAAUGAAUGUAUUUUGUCUCCAAGCAUUGUAGCCAUGUCCUUAAAAUCAUUCCAAUGAACAUGGAAGUCGGUGAUAUCAUACAAUGCGUUCACCUAUUCAUAGAGCUCCAAUUGAAUCGAACCGAUUCUGGGUUUCGCAACCACGCCACCAACGAUCAACUCAGUAGAUGCUCCAAAAAAUACAUACGUGGGUGAUGCACAUGAUAUGACGUCAUGGUUUGUGUGAAUUAGCUACAGUUCGUGUGAUAAGGGACUGUUCUUUUGAGUUUGUUGUUCUUGUCAAUAAACUUUUAUUGUAAUAUGUUAAUGGCA